CGUUUGGUGGUGGUGGCUUCCUGUCCUCUCUCCUGAGCUGGCACGUGUCCAGUUGAGGGGCAGAGGAGGGCUGGGCCAGACCCAGGCGAAGGCCGGCUGCGAAUCAGUAACAUUCAAGGAAGUGGCUGUGGAAUUCACCCGAGAGGAGUGGGGACAAUUGAACCCAUCUCAGAAAAUGUUGUACAGGGAUGUGAUGCUGGAGAAUUAUAGGAACUUGGUGUCUUUGGGAUUUGCAGUUUCCAAACCAGAUGUGAUCUACCAGUUGGAAAGGAAGGGAGCAUCUUGGAUGCCAGAGGCAGAUAUUCCCAGAAGCAGCUGUCCAGAGGGCAGAGAAUUCACUGGAGAUAAACCUCUUGAAUGUAAUGAAUAUGGGAAGGCCUUCUGGAGCAAGGAGCAUCUUGGUUUGCAUCACCGAAUUUAUACUGAAGAGAAACCAUAUGAAUGUAGUGAAUGUGGGAAGGCCUUCAGGACUAAAAUAAAACUUGGAGUCCAUCACAGAAUUCAUACUGGAGAGAAACCUUAUGAAUGUAGUGAAUGUGGGAAGGCCUUCGGGGAUAAAACAAAACUUGGAGUCCAUCACAGAAUUCAUACUGGAGAGAAACCUUAUGAAUGUAGUGAAUGUGGGAAGGCCUUCAGGGAAAACUCAAGUCUUAGUGUGCAUCAGAGAAUUCAUACUGGAGAGAAACCUUAUGAAUGUAGUGAAUGUGGGAAGGCCUUCAGGGAUAAGGGAGGCCUUAGAGUCCAUCACAGAACUCAUACUGGAGAGAAACCUUAUGAAUGUAGUCAAUGUGGGAAGGCCUUCAGAUCUAAGUCACAGCUUACUGUGCAUCAGAGAAUUCAUACUGGAGAGAAACCUUAUGAAUGUAGUGAAUGCGGCAAGGCCUUCAAGGGGAAGGCAGAACUUAAAGUCCAUAAAAAUGUUCAUACUGGAGAGAAACCUUACGAAUGUAGUGAAUGCAGCAAGGCCUUCAGGAAGAAGGCGCAACUUACAGUCCAUCAGAGAAUUCGUAUUGGAGAGAAACCUUAUCAAUGUAGUGAAUGCGGGAAGGCCUUCUGUAUUAAGAAGGAACUUAGAGUUCAUCACCGGGUUCAUACUGGAGAGAAGCCUUAUGAAUGUAGUCAAUGUGGGAAGGCCUUCAGGAAUAAAACAAAACUUGGAGUCCAUCACAGAAUUCAUACUGGAGAGAAACCUUAUGAAUGUAGUGAAUGUGGGAAGGCCUUCAGGGAUAAGGGAGAACUUAGAGUCCAUCACAGAAUUCAUACUGGAGAGAAACCUUAUGAAUGUAGUGAAUGUGGGAAGGCCUUCAGGAAUAGAACAAAACUUACAGUCCAUCAGAGAAUUCAUACUGGAGAGAAACCUUAUGAAUGUAGCCAAUGCGGGAAGGCCUACAAGAGAAACUCAGAACUUAAAGUCCAUCAGAGAAUUCAUACUGGAGAAAAACCUUAUGAAUGUAGUGAAUGUGGGAAGGCCUUCAGGGAUAAGGGAGAACUUAGAGUCCAUCACAGAAUUCAUACUGGAGAGAAACCUUAUGAAUGUAUCGAAUGUGGGAAGGCCUUCAGGGAUAACUCAAAUCUUACUGUGCAUCAUUGAAUUCAUACUGGAGAGAAACCUUAUGAAUGUAGUGAAUGUGGGAAGGUCUUCAGAUAUAGGUCAGGUCUUACUGGGCAUCAGAGAAUUCAUGCUGGAGAGAAACCUUAUGAAUGUAGUGAAUGUGGGAAGUCCUGCAGAAAUAAGGGAGAACUUACAGUCCAUCAGAGAACUCAUACUGGAGAGAAACCUUAUGAAUGUAAUGAAUGUGGGAAGGCCUACAAGAGUAACACAGCACUUACAGUGCAUCAGAAAAUUCAUACUGGAGAGAAAUCUUAGGAAUAUAGUGAAUGUGGAUAGGCCUUCAGGAGGAAGACAGAACUUAGAGUUCAUCGGAGAACUCAUACUGGAGAGAAACCUUAUGAAUGUAGUGAAUGUGGGAAGGCCUUCAGGGAUAAGAGAGGAGUUAGAAUCUAGCACAAAAUUCAUACUGGAGAGAAACCUUAUGAAUGUAAGUCAAUGUGGGAAGGCCUUCAGAUAUAAGUCAAAUCUUACUGUGCAUCAGAGAAUUCAUACUGGAGAGAAGAAUGUAGUGUAUGUGGCAAGGCCUUCAGGGAUAAUUCAAAACUUACUGUGCAUCAGAGAAUUCAUCCUGGAGAGGAACCUUACAAAUGUAGUGAAUGUGGGAAGGCCUUCAGGGAGAAGACACAACUUACAAUUCAUCAGAGAAUUAGCGUUGGAGAGAAACCUUAUGAAUGUAAUGAAUGCAGGAAGGCCUUCUGUAUUAAAGAGAAACUUACAGUUCAUCACAGGGUUCAUACUGGUGAGCAACUUUAGGAAUGUAGUUAAUGUAGGAAGGUCUUCACUAGUAAAGGACAAUGAACAAUCUAUCAGAGAAUUUAUACUGGAGAGAAACCUUGUGAAUGUAGUGAAUGUGGGAAGGCCUUCUUUCCAUACUAAAAAGGAGGGUACAGUUCAUCACAGGGUUCAUAGUAGAGAGAAACCGUAUGAAUAGUCAAUGUGGGAAGGCCUUCAGAUAACAAAACACAACUUGCAGUGCAUCAGGGAAGUCAUACUGAAGAGAAUCCUUAUUAAUGUAGUGAAUGUCGGAAGGCCUUCAAGAAGAAGAUGUAUCUUACUGUACAUCAGAUAAUUCAUACCAGAGACAUCCUUCAGAAAAGUAAGCAGUGUGGGAAGGCUUUCCUCUACACCUAAGAUUUUAUUUUACAUCAAAAAAUUCAUAGUGAAGAGAAACCUUAUGAAUCUAAUGAAUGUGGAAGACUUUCAGAGAGAGUACAAUAUACUCAACACCAAAGACUUCAUUCAAGAAAGGAACCUUAAGAGUGUAAUGCAAGUAGGAAGGCCUUGAGAUGGAGGACACUGCUUUAUGUCCAUCAGAUUUCAUGCUGGUGAGAUUCUUCCUAAAUAUAAGGAGUGUGGGAAUACCUCCAUUGCAAUUCAGAUCAUAUUAGACAUCAAAAAUUCAUGUUGGAGAAUAACCUUAUGUAUGUAGUAAAUGUGGGAAGACCUUCAGGAAGAAGCCACAUCUUACUGUGUAUCAGAGGGUUCAUACUGGAGAAAUUGUUUAUGAAUGCGAGUAUUGUGGGAAGGCCUUCCAUGCCAACUCUCAUUUUUCUCAACUUCAAAUAAUUCAUAGCUUCUAAAUGUAAUAUACAAGGGGAAGGUCUUCAACCUAAAUGUAUCUUUUACUCCACAUCAGAGCACUCAUACUGGCGAGACCUGAAUGCAAUGAAUGUGGGAAGCCUGAAGACACAACUUGCUCAACAUCAAAGAAGUAAUUCUGGAGAGAAACUUUCGAGUUUGGGAAGGCCUUUAAAGUAAGGAUGCUACUUUACGUCCAUCAGAGAAUUCCUACUAGAGCGAUUCUUCAUGAUUGUAAGGAGUGUGGGAAGAUUCCCCCAGCUGACUAGACUGAUUUUGACUCCUUCAAUGCAAUUCAGCGAUUCCUAAUUUAUGCACCAUGGGAGAAGUAGAUAUCCCUCUCUUCUAUAAAGGAGUAAAGAUUUUUUGUUAUCCUUCAGGGAGGGAGAAGUUAUGCUGUUUGAGCCAGAGGUUACUGAGUGGAUGGUGGUAUUGGGAGAGCCUUAGUAUUCACUUUGAUCCCUGGGCACAUGGCAUGCAAGACUCUUUGGGAUGACCUAAUUGAGCUGUGUUCCUGAUGUUGCUAGUGUUGCUUCUGCUCCUAUUCAUUUGGGUAGCCACUGUGGACCAUAAAGAUUUGCAAUCAUCUUAAGUAAAACAAAGCAUUGCAAAGGCCUGUGGCAGAUUUUGAUGGCAAGGUGAUUUCUGCCCUGUUCUCUGAAUUGAAAUGGAGGUAAACAGCAGGAUUUGCUAUGACCUCAUGGUAGCUGAAUGCCUCAUCACCUAAUUAGUGACACAUGAAAAGAUGAACAAGAUUCCCAUUUCAGUUAAGGAAGAUAAAUGGGGAGUUUUCAAUGAAGAAAUCAAAGGGAUAAAUAAUAAAGAUGAGAAAGUCCCCUAAAUCUCUAUUGUUUAUAGAGGAAUGAAAACAACUUUGAAGUGACAUGUCACACUACCUCAGAUUGGCCAACAUGAUGGAAAAGGAAAAAGACAUUCUGGAGGGGAUGUGAAAAAAUAGGGAAAGUAAUGCACAAUUCAGAACUAGUCCAAACAUUCUGCAGAACAAUUUGGAACUGUGGCCAAAAGGUUAUAAAAUUGUGCAUACCCUUUGACACAGCCAUACCACUACUGUCUGUAUCCCAAUGAGAUCAAAGGAAAAGGACCUAUGUGUACUGAUGUAUGUUUAGUGGAUCUUUUGGUGCUGGCAGAGAAUUGGAAAUCGAAGGGAUGCAUGUCCACUGGGGAAUGGCUAGACAAGCUGCGGUGUAUGAACGUAAUGGAAAACUGUUGUGCUGUAAGAAAUGAUGAGCAGGUGGAUUUCAGAGAAACCUAGAAAUAUUAACAUGAACUGAUUCUGAAUGAAGUAAGCAGAACCAGGAGAACAUUGUACACAGUAUAAACAACAUUGUACUGUGAUCAACUUUGACAGAUUUAGCUCUUCUCAGCAAUACAGUGAUCUAAGAGUUCAGAAAGACUCAUGGUAGAAAAUGCU